UAGGUUUUUUUUUCUUGAAUUCAUUCUAAAAACGCCGACACUUUCUCAGCCUCUACUCUCUACUCUCGUUCUCGUUCUUGAGCUGAAUGAUCUUGACUCUGGUUCUCAUUCAGUCGUUCUUCAAAAUAUUGAAUGCUCAUCAGCUCAUGUUCACUUCACGUAACCCUCUUGUGAGUCUUGUUGAGUACUCGAGUUUGCAACAUCCUAUCCCGGGCAGUUCUUCUUCUUCAUCGUAUUUUCCUGCUCAAUCGGCUCAAUCGCAUCUUCCUGUUCAAGCCGGGUACCCGGAACCGGAACCGGUUCCGGCGGUUCCGGGAGCGGUUCCAAUUUUCUAGGAAUUGGUGUAGGCGGUUCCGGUUCCAAUACCCAAAACCUAAGAACCGCCGGUUCCGGGAGCGGUUCCGGUUCUGGCUAAAAUAGGCGGGUACCCGGUUCUGCUCAUCCCUAUGUAUUUCAGCUAUACUUUGUGAAGUGAUGACAAAGACGACGAACAUGUCAAUCAGUUUACGACGGUCGAUCACUACCACGCCUUUUCAUUAUGAGAGAAUUAAGCAAACAGAAAAUGAAAUCGUUCAAAUGUUCCAGUUGUCGCGUCCCAGAGAAGAUUCAAGGAAUUUACCCACCAAUCAAAGAACAUCAAGAAAGAGCUCUGCAAGGAUGUUGGAUGAGAGAUUUAUCAGGAUUUUGAAGAUAUUCAAGUGGGGGCCUGAUGCAGAAAAGGCUCUAGAGGUACUGAAAUUAAGAGUUGAUCAUCGAUUAGUUCGUGAGGUUUUGAACAUAGAUGUGGACAUUAAUGUCAAGAUGCAAUUUUUCAAGUGGGCUGGAAAGAGACGACAUUUCGUGCAUGAUUCCACUACUUACAUGACUUUAAUUUCUUGUUUAUCUGACUCUGAAAUGUUCGGGGAGAUGUGGAAGAUGAUCCAAGAAAUGGUUCGACAAUCAGUUGUCAUCGAUCCUAAAGAUUUAUCAGACAUUGUGAGACUAUUAGGCAAGGCUAAAAUGGUCAACAAAGCACUCUCACUUUUUUAUCAAGUCAAAGGUCGCAAGUGCAAGCCAACUGCAAGUACUUAUAACUCCAUUAUCCUGAUGCUAAUGCAAGAAAAUCACCCUGAAAAAGUGUAUGAUCUUUACAGUGAGAUGUGUAAUGAAGGUAAUUGCUUCCCCGACACUAUAACAUACAGUGCUCUAAUGUCAGCAUUUGCCAAAUUAGGCCAUGAUAAUCCUGCUAUACGAUUGUUUGAUGAAAUGAAGGAAAAUGGGUUUCAUCCAAAUGCUAAGAUCUACACGACUUUAUUAUCAAUAUACUUCAAAGCUGGUAAAGUAGAAAAAGCUCUAGAUUUAGUAACAGAGAUGAAAGAGAAAGGUUGUAUGCCUACUGUAUACACCUACACAGAGUUAAUAAGGGGGCUUGGGAAAGCUGGAAGGGUAGAAGAGUCAUAUGGGAUAUACAUAGACAUGGUCAAACACGGUUGUAAGCCUGAUGUCAUUCUCAUAAACAAUGUCAUCAACAUAUUGGGGAAAAGUGGUCGUUUAUCUGAUGCCCGGAAGAAAAAAGCAUUAUUACUUCUAGAAGAAAUGGACGAAAAGGGUUUCCCUCCAUGCCCAGCUGCUUACUGUAGUUUAAUCAACACACUUGGAAAAGCAAAACGUUAUGAAGCUGCAAACGAGUUGUUUCAAGAACUAAGAGAGAAUUGUGGGAAUUCUAGCUCAAGGGUUUAUGCUAUAAUGAUAAAAAACUUAGGAAAAUGUGGGAAAUUAAACGAAGCGAAAGAUCUUUUUAAUGAAAUCAAGAAACUUGGAUCUGUUCCUGAUGUGUAUGCAUAUAAUGCACUCAUGUCGGGUAUGGUAAGGGGUGGAUUGAUAGAUGAAGCGUGUUCUUUAAUGAGGGAUAUGGAAGAAAGUGGUUGUGUAGGUGAUAUAAACUCGCAUAAUAUUAUUUUAAAUGGAGUGGCUAAAAGCGGGGGCCCACAUCGGGCGAUGAUUAUGUUUGAAAAUAUGAAACGUAUGAAGUUGAAGCCGGAUGUUGUCACUUAUAAUACUCUUCUUGGGUGUCUUAGUCAUGCGGGUAUGUUUGAGGAGGCUGCAAAGUUGAUGAGGGAGAUGAGAUCAUGUGGUUUUGAAUAUGAUGAUAUUACUUAUUCAUCAAUACUUGAUGCAGUUGGGAAGAUUGAUGAUGAACAUGGAACACAUCAAGUUCAAUGA